AUGACUUCCAGGAUCAUCAGCCUGGCAUGUCUUGGCGGUCAUGACAAGCCCUCCCUGUCUGCCUGGCCAAGCCCUGUGGUUCCCCUAGGGCAGCACGUGACUCUUCAGUGCCACUCCCACCUCGGGUUUGACAGGUUCCGGCUGUACAAGGAUGCCGGAGGCCAUGUCCCCAACCUCCAGGACGUAAGAUUUCAGAACAGCCUCCUCGUGGGCCCUGUGACCUCAGCACACGCGGGGACCUACAGGUGUCUCGGUUAUUACAGUCGCUCCCUCUCUGCGAGGUCGGCGCCCAGCGACCCCCUGACAAUUGUGGUCACAGGCGUCUACAGGAAACCUUCCCUCACAGCUCAGCCAGGUCCCCUGGUGCAAACAGGAUGGAACAUAACGCUACAAUGUGGCUCAGAGAUCACGUCUGACAGCUUCAUUCUGAUUCUGCACAGGGAGGGGGUAACCACAGACCCCUUGCACUUCGUUAGGCAGCUCCACGAGGGGGGCUCCCAGGCCAACUUCUCCGUGGGCACUAUGACUUCUGUCUGUGCAGGGACCUACAGAUGCCUCUGUUCUCUCAGUCGCUCCCACUGCGAGCGGUCAGCCCCCAGUGACCCUCUGGACAUGGCGAUCACAGGUGAGAAUGCCAUGUUGCAAGGUCACCCCAAAUGUUACAGGAUUAUGGAGGUCAAAAGCCCACAGAGAGUGAGGAAGGACCCCUCUGAACCGCCUCUCCUUCCAGGUCUAUGCAGGAAACCUCCUCUCCCAGCCCAGGUGGGCCCCACGGUGAGGUCAAGCGGGAACCUGACCUCGUUCUGCCACUCCAAGAGCUCCCUUGCCGUGUACCACCUGUUCAGGGAGGGGGAGAGCCACGGAUGCUGGUGCUGCGGGGCACACCACAACGGCACGUUCCAGGCAGAAUUCCCUCUGGGUCCUGGGAGCCCAGCCCACAGCGCAACCUACAGGUGCCAUGGCCUUUCCAGCCACUCCCCCUACAGGUGGUCAGACCCAAGUGACACACUCUACCUUUCUGUCACAGGUGAGGCGCGUAACCUGCAUGUUGUGGUUGGGCCCUCAGUGGCCAUCCUGUUCCUUGCCAUCCUUCCUUUCUUCCUCAUCCGUCACUGGUGCUCUGCCAAAAAGAAUGCUGCCACAGUGAACAGCGAGCCUGAGGUGCCCAGGAUGGUGAACAGGGCGGACCCUGAAACAGAAGAACCAAGGGAGGUGGCAUAUGCACUGUUGGAUCAUUGGACGUCCACACAGAAAAAGGUCGCUCCCACUUCCCAGAGGCCCACGGAACCCUCAACCGGUACCAGUGUGUACGCAGAUCUUGCAGUGUACUGAGGCCAGAGCGAGGCUGGAGCCCUCUCCCCUGAACGCGCACAGGAAGACCUUCCACGGAUGCCACAGCUCUCUCUGACACCCAGCCUGACAACUGCAUCGUAACGACAGCCAGAAUCUGAAGGCGUAAAUCUCCAUCUCCAGGGUCACCCCUCUUGAUCACAGGGGCAUCUCUAAAACCUCAGGGCCCCUCGGAAACCCCCCAGCCACUCUAGGAUGUUACUAUAAUGAUUCAUUCAUUUCCAGUAUUAUCAACAAAAUCACCCAAGUGUUCCAGAAAUUCAAACAUAAUUAGCCCACUUUCUCUGACAUUCUACUGAUGACAUUCUAGAAAUCAUGAU